CCUAAAAUUUCCCAAAGAAAGUCCCAAAAUUCUCCCCAAAUCAGCAAAAAAUGGCCCCAAAAUCAGCACUUAAAGGGCUUCAAAUUCAACUGGGAAAUUCUCCAAAAUUGGCCAAAAAAUGGCCCUAAAAUUCCUCCCCAAAUCCCCUUAAAAUUCCCCCCAAAAUGGCCUCAAAAUCCUGCAAAAACGCUCCCAAAUUCCCCUGAAAUGCCCCCACACGCCCGGAGGACGGAUCGCCCGUAAGGGACGAAUGCCGGCGGCAGCGCUGGGCCUCCGCCGCGGUCCGUGCCUUCCCCGGCCCCGCGUCCUUCAGUCCGGCGGCGCCUCUGCCGCGGGGAAGGGCUGAGGGUUCCAGGGCAGGCAGUACUCUCGUGUACAGGAAAACCUGUGACAGCAGCGGAUUCGCUUUCAGGGCUAUGCUGCGGACUCUGUACCCAGAGCUCUUGGCUGCUAAUGUUGCGAAUAAGGCCUUGAAACUCCUACCCAUGAAACUUUGCCUUUAUCUGGACUCAAAAUAUGAAGUUGAGGAGUAUCUCACCAAAGUGUUCAGAAAUAAUGAGCUUAUCACUGCUUUAGGUGCCCGGGAAGCAGAGAAUAAAUACCAAUCUCUGUUAAGUCAUCUAUCUCAUCCACCAGCUUUUACAACUGUGAGAGUAAAUACCCACUUGGCCUCAGUGAAACAUGUGAAAAAAUUGCUGUUUGAAGAGAUCCAGAAGCAAUUUAAAGGACUUCGUGUUCCAGUUCUCGAGCACCCAAAACUUCAGGAUAUUUUAUUAAUUCCUGUCAUUGGACCCAGGCGAGAUUUAAAAAAACAUGCAUCUGAAGUCAUAGUUGGAGCCCAGUGUGGAUAUGCAGUGCUUCGAGGAGCACAUGUUUAUGUCCCUGGAAUUGUAUCCACCUCAAGAUUUGUGAAAGCUGGAGAUAUGGUUUCAGUGUAUUCGGACAUUGAAGGGAAAUGCAAAAGAGGAGCCAAAGAAUUUGAUGGAGUCAAAGUUUUCCUUGGAAAUGGGAUUUCAGAACUCAGUCGCAGUGAAAUCUUCAGUUCAAGUGGCCCAUUGAAGGGCCUGGGUAUAAGAAUGGUAGAGCCAGUCUACCUUAGUCCUUCAUUUGACAAUGUGCUUCCUAGUAAUUUGUUUUUACAGAAUUUACCUUCUGUGGUUGUGAGCCAUAUUUUAGACCCUCAACCAGGAGAGAAAAUUUUGGAUAUGUGUGCUGCACCUGGAGGAAAAACAACCCAUCUUGCAACAUUAAUGCAUGAUCAGGGUGAAGUAAUAGCUAUGGACAAGACAGCUAACAAGGUCAAGAAAAUCAAACAGAAUGCUGAAUUGCUGCAGUUGAAUUGCAUUAAGGCCUUUUGCUGUGAUGGAACAAAAGCCAUUUCAGUCGAGAAGAGGGAGACUAAACAAGAAGGACCUCCAUUCUUACCAGAGUCAUUUGAUCGAAUUCUUCUUGAUGCUCCAUGUAGUGGGAUGGGACAGAGACCAAACAUGGCUUAUGCCUCAACUUUAAAGGAAGUGACCUCGUAUCAGCCACUACAGCGCAAGCUUUUCACUGUGGCAGUGAGGUUGCUGAAGCCAGGAGGUGUUUUAGUAUAUAGUACAUGUACAAUUACACUUUCUGAAAAUGAGGAGCAAGUUGCUUGGGCCCUAAAAACUUUUCCAUGCCUCCAGCUUCAUCCACAGGAACCUCACAUUGGAGGAGAAGGCAUGAAGGGAGCUGGACUAUCACUUGAUCAGUUGAAGCUGCUGCAGAGAUUUGAUCCAUCUGCUGUGACAUUGCAAGGAAUGGAUAUUAAUUCUUUGCAAGAUUCCAGAGAAGAUGACCUAAUUUCAUUGGCAAAUAAGGACUGCAUAGGAUUUUUCAUUGCAAAAUUUAUUAAAUCGAACAGUAAAUAAGGAUUUGGGAAUGCAACCUGAAAAAAUACCUCAGUGAGUCUAAGAACAGUUCAGACGUGAAGUGCCUUUCUUCCUGCUGCAAUGUUACCAAGCCAACAGGCUGACGGCAGGGUUGCUAUGGCAGCAGCUAAAAUCUGCCAGCUGUUCUGAUGGGAAAGAGCCACAGGUUGCAGCAGCAAAGUCAUGGCUGGGGGAAGGGUAGUGUCAUUUGUAAGUCUCCCUCUACUUUUGUAUUUACAGCAGGUCAGUGCCUGAAUGACAACUAUGUUCUCUCAUACUGCUGUCUGCUCUGGUUUCCCCUUAUCUGGUGCAGCAAGUGUAGGAAAGGGAUGUAAGCUACUUUGUGAAAUGCAAACAUAAAUAAAAUAGACAGGAACUAUUACAAUAAAUUUUGGAAAGGGUA